AUGGCGGCCGUGAAAGACGUUCCUCUGACCAAUGAAGAAAUAUGGGACGACUCGGCACUUGUGGACUCGUGGAACUCGGCGCUGGAGGAGUACAAGAAAUAUCACAGCAUACACACCAAGGGUGGAAACGUCGCUGAGUUGUUGAAGGCUCACAGGUCUGAGCCGGAAAGCCGCAACGCUACUGCACCUGAAGCUUGUGUCCAGGAGGACAAUACCGAAUCAAAGGGGUUGGGGUUACCCAACGCAGCCCCAGAGAACGAAGAUCUGAAGAACAAAACGCAUGACAGCAUGCCGCCGUCUAAUGCUCCGGCUCUGGCACCCGAGCUUGUGCUCAGUUCUGUCCAGGACGAGAGCCUCAAAAAGCUCCUUAUGUCUUGGUAUUAUGCUGGCUAUUACACUGGCCUUUAUGAGGGUCAACGUAGCCAGAACGGACAAGGCCAGGGUUGA